AUGGCCCACAACGUCCAGGCCCGUCGCAAGCGCACCAGAACCGUGGACGGCGUGAUGGGCGCCGCCCCAGGCCGCGUGUUUCUCGACAACGAGUCCGACGUGCUCGUCGACGACAUGCUGGCGCGCCAGCCCGCGUUGCUCCACGGCAACUUGCUCGAUCCGGGCUUCGCCGACGAAUCUGCCGACACCCAGGACGCCCCAGACGACGACGACGUGAUCUUCGUCAAGGAGCAACCCGUGGGCGGUUUCGACGCGCCCAUCCCGGUCGCAGACUCCUACUACACCGCCAAGAAAUUCAAGAAGCAGCGCACCGUGUCUUUGCCGCAGCUGCCGCAUGCCAAGCUGCUGUACGACGCGCGCAAAGCCGUCCCACGUCGCCAAAACGACGAGGAUCUCGUGCAUCUCAGUGGCAGCUCCACCAAGACCAUCGACGGCAACCGCGCCGUCACUUUGAAAGUGGUGCGCAGCGUUUCCCCGCACACCUCCGACCCCACCAUGCUCAAGCGGGUCGCUGCCGCGCCCCCCAAGAUCUCCAAACUGGUUAUGGGCAAGAAAAAAAAGCGCGAGCUCUUCCAGACCGACAAAGAAGGCCACUACGUGUUCCAAGAAGAGGACGUGUUUGGCAGCGGCCGUUUUGUCGUCAAGCAAUUGCUCGGCCAAGGCACUUUCGGCAAAGUUGUCAAAUGCAUCGACAAUGACCCUGCCAACUCGCUUCAAUCCUUUGAAGACCCGUUUGCAGAUUGUUACGACUACGAAUCCUUCGAUCGCAACCGCGAACUACGACAGCCCAAAUACGUGGCCGUCAAGAUCAUCAGGGCAGUGGACCGCUACCGUGAAGCCGCCAAAACCGAAUUGCGUGUUCUCAAGACGAUACUCGACAAUGACCCAUUGGGCCAGUACCAAUGUCUGCUUUUGCGCGAGUGUUUCGAUUACAAAAAUCACAUCUGCCUUGUCACCGACCUGUUUGGGAAGUCAGUCUACGACUUCAUGUGCAACAACGGUUGCUCACGGUUCCCAGGCUCCCACGUGCAAGCUAUUGCCAAGCAACUGAUCAGGUCCGUUUGCUUUUUGCACGAUUUAGGGAUCAUUCACACCGACUUGAAACCCGAAAAUGUUUUGUUAUGCGACGAGUCUUUUGUCACCAAGCCCUUGCCACAACACCAAAUCUCUGCCAUGAGCCCGCGCCGCAAGUCUGCAAGUGGUGGCAAAAGAAAACUGCUCACAAACCCGGAGAUCAAAUUAAUCGAUUUUGGGAGUGCGGUUUUCCACAACGAAUUCCAUCCCGCUGUCAUCUCCACUCGUCAUUAUAGGGCUCCUGAAAUUGUCUUGGGUUUGGGUUGGUCCUUCCCCUGUGACAUUUGGUCCAUAGGAUGCGUGCUCGUCGAGCUCGUAACCGGUGAAUCUUUAUACCCCAUUCAUGAGAACCUCGAGCAUAUGGCUAUGAUGCAGCGAUUCAACGGCCAACCUUUCCCCCCUAAGAUUGUGGAAAAAAUGUUUUACAAAGCCGAGCGCAAGUUAGGAAACCUCCCCCCGGAUUUAAAUGCCACGGUAUUAAAGCAUUUUGACAGAGAUACACUGUCUCUUAGAUGGCCAGAAAGAAACAAGAAGGGAGAAAUCAUCACAAAGGAAAAGUCGAUGAAACGCGUUUUGACAACAUGUGACCGUCUAGACAAGUACAUUUGUCAAAAAAUAAAGGAAGAUUAUGGCGAAUGGUUGUUGAUCAACUGGGAUAUGACUCCCGAAGACAAUUGGGCAUACAUCGAGUCAAAAUAUCCAGGGCACGAAUUGGACAGGGAAGUAUUUUUAUUUUGGUUUUGGUUUCUUGAUUUGUGCAAGAAAAUGUUCGAAUUCGAUCCUACUAGAAGAAUAACAGCUAGGGAAGCAGUCGAUCAUGAAUGGUUUAAUUACGGUAUAUUGGAUGAAGGUAUAGCAAGCUUCGGAAAAGCUUAA